AAUGCAUMUGGUUCCACCUUCCGACCCACUCGUACGUGUACCAAUGGCCCUCAAAAAGYAAUCUACACCAMCUWUUGUAUCUUUCUUGUCAAACACAUCUCUUCUAUAGCAGCUCGUAAAAUACCAAAGAAUUUAUGGCUAUCGGGYAUUAUCUCUUAUUCUUGUCAAAUCACUUGUGGAAAACUAAAAAUGGAACGACUCGCCUUGUUUUUUUUCGCUGUGAUAGCGUUCAAUCACCAAUGUGUUUCGGGAACCAACUCGACAACAUAUUCGGCGUUUGCGGAGAGAAAUGUUUCGCCACAAAAUAGAAUACAGGAAUGCUCAGUUUGUAUAAGACGGGUCGCGACAUAUUUUUCAGUAACUGUGAAGGAUCCCAGACAAUUUUGCAUAGAUAACGAAAUUUGCCCAAAGACCUCAGAACCGAGCAGUUACCCCACGGGUGUCCCAAGUUCGGUUCCUACCGCUGUACCUUCUCCAUUUCCGAGCGAUGCGCCAAGCUCGAAGCCGACUUCGAGGCCUAGCUUACUACCAAGCGAUGGCCCCUCACUUAUUCCAAGCAAUGUGCCAACUAGAGCGCCAAGUUCACUCCCCAGCGAUGGACCAUCACUUCUUCCAAGCUCAGGACCAACUCCUCAACCAAGUCUAACUCAAAGUUUUGGACCUUCCGAUGUUUCCAGUGGUACCCCUACCAGUAUAYCUACCAUCGAUUCCAGCCCCAUGCCAUCGGUUGUAUCAUCUGACUCACCGAGCUGGAGCUUUGAGCCUUCUUUUUCUCCAACCAGGAUCCCUAGCGUCGAACCCACAAUUUCUCCUACUAUUUCAAGUAUACUGUCAGAUGUAUCAAGUAUUGAACCUACAUCAAUUAUUGGUKAAGCAAAUUCUCGGUUUGAUUAUACAAAACAGCCUUCAAGCAUAUUUUUGAGAGAUGUUUCUACGGGUGUACCGAGUCAUCAGCCUACCCUACAUCAGUCUUUACCAGCGACUACGGUUGAUGUGGAAUCAGUUAUUACAACUACAGAUUUAUGGCGGACGACGAUAUCUUCAUUAUAUAUGAAAAGGAUUGCKAGCCCCAUGAGUCCUGAAAUCACUCAAAUAUUUUCAUCUACUGUCCUCCAAUUUCUGAAAAAGUACUCCCUGUUGAUUGACAAAACAGGAACAGUCGAUUUUAUUGAUGUCGAAGUUGUGGGGCAAGGACCAGAAUUUGGAAAUUCAACUGGAUUAGAUUCCCAUAUUGAUGGUAUGCAUAUAUAUUUCGAAACAAUCAUAGCAAUCACGGGUAAUGACAACGUUGAUCUACCUUGGCUGAUAGAAACGAUCUUUAAAACCAACAGAAACGCAUUUUAUUUGAUGCUGAUAGAAUCGAACAAAUUCUUCGCAGCAUUGAGUGUUGAAGGACAUAWUACUCAAGAAAAAGAAGUGGAGAGUCUAAGGGCAUACAAUAGCGACUUCAUGAAUAGCUGGGUMAUUGCAAGCCUUGCCAUUGUGGUAUGUUCUGUGUUUAUCACKAUUAUGUUAAUGACUAGAAUGGUACAAGGUGCAAACAAUAAACCUAACGGAUUUGAGCAAGAUACACCAAAAUCCGCGAAACAUCCAUUCUUCGCGCUAGAUAAUGGAUCAAUAUCCAGUGAGAYAUCGAYAAAAUCGAACGACAAGAAGAGAAGAAGAACUGAUCACAUGACGCAUGUUCACGACGGCUCUAAUUCAAUCGUAAGUAACCAAAGAGAUGAAGCAAAAAGCAGGCAUGUUUCAAAAAGAAAUGUAUUCCAUUCGCGAAAGCACCUCACAACCCAACCCUCUGCAUCUGGACCCUUUGCGAAAAAAAAGGAUAUCCUUAAAGAUUUAGGUGACGAAUCAUUAGCGGGACUAAGACUACUCCGUAAUCAAAGCGAUUCAUCUUCGACGUACGAGUACUCUAAGGAAUAUGUCGRAAACAAACAGGAAGAUUUGAAUACCGAUACCGAUACCGAUACCAAUGAGUUCGACGACAUACCUCCAGGGCAACAUGCUCGAACGAGAUGGCAGAAACCAAAUCAGGACAAUCAAAUAGAUGGAGCAAAAGGAGGCACUUCUUUGGAAACCAUCCUCAAGGCAACAUCUUCGUUCAAUACUGAGGAAGAUGGUGGUUGCCAGAAUCAAGAAGUAUUGGGUGUAGAAGUAGUCUCGGGUGACUAUGAAAGCCAAGGAGAAAACRUCUUACCAACAACAUCAAUCAUGAAACGGAUCUCGGGCCUUUUUUCUGGUAAGAGAAACAAGCAAUMCGUUGGUCAUCUUGAGCCAGUUCGGAUUAUGGAAGAGGGUGAAUCUGUGCUGAGUUAUCCAAGUACUCCAGCUCGUAGCAUUGAUGAUGUGAGCAAUCCAUUUCUCCAGCUCAGUAUCGGUGACAUGAGCAACGAAGGCGCAGAUUUAUCGAUCAGUACAAAUGAUGCUCUACCAGCGGGAGACAAAUACAACAAUCCAACAGACAGAUCUUCUGCAUUCUCGCCAAUCAUAUUUUCACCAAAACCACUGUCUGUGGAUACUUCAAACCCACAAAAACAGCGCCCUGAUAGCAUUAAAACUGCAUUUUUGUCUUCACCAAUAUCGAGGCGAUUGUUGAGAAGAGCGAAAACACAAGAGAUGAACCAGUCUCCUGAAUCGCAAGGCAUCUCAAAGCGAAUUCAAUAUGAUUAGAGCUCCCAGGAUGCAUGAUGUCGACAGCCGACGAAAAAUUACGAUACCAAGGCGGGGAUGCCUAAAAACUAUCGUUUAAGAAAAACUUUAUCUUCUC